UGGUUUUUAUGAUAAUCUGCAAGUUUUUUUCUCUUCAAGAAAGUGAAUUCCGAUGAGAAUUUUGAAUUCAUUUUUGCAGCUGAAAGGAGAAAGAUAGCAAUGGACCACCCAAGCCAUGGAGUAAUUUAAUGAAGAGGUUGAGAAUAUGAGAGUGACAACUUGUUGAAUGUGUUUUGUUCUUCUGCUUUCCUGUUUUCCUUUGAUUGGUUGAACGUACAGCAAACUUUUUUUCCUGUUGUUUCAUAUGAAAGCAUCAACAUGUUUUUUUUAAACAAUAAAACACUUUCAUGUGAAUUAAAGUUGCCGUAGGAGCCCUUUGUUCUUGUAAGUUCAUAGCUAAAACAAGGAUCAAUGGAGCCAACAAACCAUAAGUUUUUGGAAAGAGUUGUUUCACAGAGAGCUCUACAGAUGGGGAAUUCAUUUCCAUGUCAGAUUUGUGUGGUGGGUUUUCUCUGUGGAAUUUGCUUGACUUCUUUGUUUUUGGCUGUUCUUACAUCUGUUGGUACUUUUGGGUUUACUGGGAUUUCCUUUUCAUCACUGUCAAUGGGGAUUUCUCCAUGGAAUUCAAGCUCUGAGAUUAUCAAUGUUAUUUCGAGUUCGGAUUGCAACUUUAAAGUAAAAGAAACCGAGAGAUGGGUGGAUUUGAAGCAAAGGGAACCAGAGAGCGAUGAUGGUGAGAGAGUUUCUUUAUUGACUGAAGCAUGGGGUGCUUUACUAGCUGAUAGGCAACCCCAAGAAAACGAGUUCUUGCAACGAUUCGGACUAAGUAAAUCAAGUUUACCGGAUGCCCCGCAUUUGGAGAACUGUAAAUUAAGUGCACGAGUGAAUAAGCGUCUCGAUGCACGUUCAGGAGCUGGGAAAUUUCCCCCAUGGACAACUUGGAAGGGUUCAUUAAACAUGUAUCCAGCAACUGCGACCGAUGGGAAUGUAAGACGCCUUAACCAUCAGCCAGUCUCGGACAGUGCUCAUCCUCCAUGGAUUGUGGGAUCGGAUGAAGAAAACUACCCUCUUACCCGGAAAGUGCAGCGUGACAUUUGGAUCCAUCAACAUCCAAUAAACUGCAGUGAUCCUAACAUAAAAUUUCUCGUGGCUGACUGGGAAGUAUUACCCGGCUUUGGCAUUGGGGCUCAGCUUGCCGGUAUGGCAGGGCUUCUUGCCAUUGCAAUUAAUGAGAAAAGGGUGCUCAUUACCGGACACUACAAUCGAGCCGACCACGAUGGUUGUAAAGCAUCAUGCAGUAGUUGGUCUUGCUACUUCUUCCUAGAGACAUCCCGGGAAUGCCGAGAUCUUGCAUUCAAGCUUACGAAGAACAAAGAGGCAUGGGAAAAGGGAACCAUAAAACGAAAAGACGAUUAUAAAUCUAAGGAAAUAUGGACAGGGAAGAUUCCAAGGGUAUGGGGUGAUCCUUGGAGUUAUUUGCAGCCUACGACAGAUAUAAACGGAAGUUUAAUCGCCAUUCACCAUAAGAUGGACCGAAGGUGGUGGAGAGCACAGGCUAUUCGAUAUCUAAUGAGAUUUCAAACAGAGUAUACUUGUGGUUUAUUGAACAUCGCUCGGCAUGCUGCAUUUGGGGAAGAAGCUGCGAAAAUGGUUCUUGCAAGCAUUGACAGAGAGUGGCCGAAGGUGAUUACGAACAAGCCGAAGUCGGAUAUUGAAGAAUUUGUGUGGUCAAAUCACAGACCUUGGGUUCCUAGGCCAUUGCUAAGCAUGCAUGUAAGAAUGGGAGACAAGGCAUGUGAAAUGAAAGUGGUAGAAUUCGAACAAUAUAUGGGACUUGCUCACCGAAUUCGAAUGCGCUUUCCGCAUCUCAACAACAUUUGGCUCUCCACCGAAAUGCAGGAAGUGAUCGAUAAAACGAAAUCAUACCCUCUUUGGAACUUCUACUACACAAACGUGAAACGCCAAGUCGGGAAUGCAUCAAUGGCUGCAUACGAGGCAAGUCUUGGAAGGAAAACCAGCACAAACUAUCCUCUUGUAAACUUCUUGAUGGCAGUCGAAUCAGACUUCUUUAUCGGUGCAUUGGGAUCGACAUGGUGCUUUCUCAUAGAUGGCAUGAGGAACACCGGAGGGAAAGUAAUGGCUGGGUAUUUAAGCGUCAAUAAGGAUAGGUUCUGGUAGAGAAACCUGUGAACCAGAGAAUGACUGUAGGCAUGUAUAUAGUAGAUAAACAAUAUAUAGCUAUUAAAUUUGUUCAUACAUGCCAUUUUGCAAAUAAUGUUAUGCCUGUUUGCAUGUAACGAGAUCACUGACUACAUAUGUAGAAUAUAGUUGCAAUUAAAUGGAGCAAAUCCCUUGUCUCAGCUUUAAAUGAGCAUCUAUUUUA